AUGAAAAGCUGGAUUAUACUGCUGGCUGUUGUAGUCAGCACAGCAGAAACACAAAGCCAGGACGUCUGUACCCAAGGGUACCCUGGCAUCCCUGGCAAUCCUGGGCACAACGGCAUACCUGGGCGUGACGGACGGGACGGUUCAAAAGGCGACAAGGGAGAUCCAGGUGAAGCAGGACUUCCUGGCAGUCCAGGAAAAGAUGGCGCAAAUGGAGAGAAAGGGGAACGAGGAGCCAAUGGGACUGUCGAAGAGAAGGGGAACAAAGGAGAUAAAGGAGAAAGAGGGCGACCUGGGAAACUGGGACCAAAAGGAAUUAUAGGGUCAGUGGGUCACAAAGGUCAGAAGGGAGAGCUGGGACUGCAAGGACAAAAGGGAUUAAAAGGAGACAUUGGGCCCAUAGGUCCAAAAGGGACAAAGGGUGAAAUUGGCCAUCCUGGGAGAGUUGGUUUCCCAGGGCCAAUUGGCCCGACUGGUAAUCCAGGUCCUAAAGGUAAUACUGGAGAUCUGGGGCCACCGGGUAAUCCAGGAGUUCAGGGGGAAAGAGGCCUGAAAGGAGACAGAGGAGAAAAGGGGAACGUCGGUGCCCCAGGAGUCCUGCCAAGGAGUGCUUUCAGUGUCGGCCUUACAAUCGCCACCAAAUUUCCCACCCCAAAUCGCCCAAUCAAGUUUGACAAGGUGCUGUAUAAUGCUCUAAAUGACUACAACCCAGCUACUGGAAAAUUCACCUGCAAAUACCCUGGCGCUUACUAUUUCACCUACCACAUCACUGUCUACUCAAGGAACGUCAGAGUAGCUCUAGUUAAAAAUGGCAUCAAGAUGUUGCACACAGUGGACAGGUACCAGAGCGGAGAGGAUCAGGCCUCGGGAGCCACCAUCCUGGAGCUACAGAGAGGAGAUGAGGUGUGGCUGCAGGCUCACCAAGGAGAGACUUUCAACGGGCUGUUUGCAGACGCCGAUGACGACACCACCUUCACUGGGUUUCUCCUGUUCAGCACUUCUGACCUGUUGGAGCCGCUGCCAACACCUCCCAUGUAA